GUGGGGAGGGGCAGUAGUGUCAUCACACUGUCUCCUGGGCUGGACCGCAAGGGCCCUUGGUUGGCAGAGCCCUCUCUGUCUGGGGAGGGGCUAAGGAGGUGAUUUACGGGAAUAUCGAGGAGUCAUGGUAUGGAUGCCCCUUGAACUUGCACGUUGCCAUACAGCUCAUAAUGAGCUUUCAAAGUCAGUUGGGGGCAAAGCUGCAUAAUGUAGACAGGAGAGCAGAGCCUGUGACAUUAGACACUCCUGACUUAAAAUCUUGCUCUCAUUUCCUGACUGGGUGUGGCUCAUCGGACAUCACUGCUGCUGUCCCAGACUUCCCAGCUCCUUUCUCGUUAGGCAGGGCCACACCAAAGCAUAGAAGAGCCAGUGUGCAAGCCUCCAGCUCUGUCUUCCCCUGCCAGGGAGUUUGAGAAGGCCACUGUUCCUAAGUGACCUGUGUGGGGCAGAUGCCCCUGCCAGCCUCCUAGAGACAGAGAGCGGGAGCCAGAAGUGAAGGAUUGUGUUAAGUUCUAAGAUUUCAGAGCCGUUUGUUACAGCAGCAAACUAAGCCAGUCCUGACUAUUACACGGGGUAAGCCUCACCUCCCUGAGUCUCUGUUUCCUUAUCCAUAAAGUGGGUAAGAAUGAUACUCACCUUGAAUGAUUAUUGUGGGGAUAAGUGAGAUGACAUGUAAGUUAGCUGAAGGGUACUCUCAGCUCCUAGGUCCCGUACUCCCUGUAAAAAAAAAAAAAAGGCAACGUUGCUACAGGCCAAAGUCAAAGACCAGGGACAUUUGUUUGGGCACAACUAGUGGCUGGAACUUUUAAGUGCUGAGCAAAGUGUUUAAAGAUUGUGUGGGGGCAUAGGCAAGGCCCAUGGGAUGCUGGAGGCCUGGCCUGCACCCUCCUGGGAAGGGUGAAAGCCAGGCCAGCUCCCUCCCUUUCUGGCGUCUCCAGUUCUUUUCUGUCUGCAAUGUACAGAGAGGGGCUGAGGGUUGCUACCAUCAUCCUUGCCUGGGGGUGGGCUGGCUGGGCCAGUAGGUAAGUGUUUCUCUCAGAGCUGCUGGCCCCAGCAGGCUUCCCUCUGUUCUUUUAGGCCCCAGGCCUGUCAGCAGCACAUGGGUCCCUGAGGCCCUCCCUCGGCACCCCCCCACCACCACAGCAGCACAGCUGCACGUCCUCUCCUGGCCACCGCCUGGCCUUCCACCGGCAUCCCCUUCAGCCCGUUCCCAGCUGGUCCCACCUUCCCCCAGAGAAGAGCAGCAGGGUGACAGCUGUGGAGAUGGCUUCUGUUCUCCUCCACUCUGUUUUUGGCCUGUUCCCCAUUGUUCCUGUUUGGUGUAUAAGAUCAAACCCAUUUUUUUUUCCAGCUGAUCUCAUUCCCCUGAAGUUCCUGAUGUUCUGCAUCCAAAGGCCGAACAAUGGUUUCUGUCUACUUUCCAAAUAUGAAGCUGUCUCUCACUCUCUGUAGUUGGCUCCCUGCCCCGAGUUCACCUGAUUCUUUAGAGGUAGAAUGUUCCAGGCACAGGCUUUUAAAAUUUCCCUCUUAGCCUGUGCAUGUUCCCAUGGGACUACCCCUCCCCCGGGCCACCUCCUCCUGCAAUCCAAGGAGCUGUCAUUUCCCCCCAGCUAGUAGCCACGCCCCUCUUCUCUGGGGCCUUCCUGCCCACCGUGACUGAGCCCACUGAACCCUCUGGACUCUGAGAUGCCCAAACACAAUCGGGAUGCCCCCAUGGCCACUGAGGAUGCUGAUUAGGAGAGAACUCGACUCUCAGAUGUCUGACACGGAGCAACAGGUCAGCAGGGGUUGGCAGCUUCCCUCGGAUCUCUCACAAAUGAAUCCCUGUUACGGCUGCUGUCGGCUGCUGCCACCGAGCAACCAGAGGAACGGCCACUACGCUGUCCAGCCCAGUAGCCUCUGGCAGGGACGGCUAAUGAGCACUUGAAACGUGGUCAAAGGGAGCUGUCCUGUAAGUGUGGCUAUACACUGGAUACUGAAGACAGGAUGAAAACAGAAUUGUGGCUACUAGAAACGUAAAAGUACUUAACGAGGCUCGCAUUGUAUUCCUAUUGGCCGGCGCUGCGCGGUUGCCUCUCCAUCACUCGCACCAUGUGUGAGGCUGUCCUUGAAAUGCCACGUAUUCCUUUCGUAUUGCUGCGGUAAGCACUUCCCACCAACUCAGUGGCUUAGGAUAACACACACGUACUAUCUUACAGUUCUGGAGGUCGGAAGUCGGCCGCAGGCAUCACUGGGGGAGAAUCGGGGUGGUGCCAGGGCUGCGCUCAUUUCUCGAGGCUCUAGAGGAGAAUGUUUUCUGCCCGGCCCAGCUUCUGUGAGCUGCCCUCGCUCUUCUGCUUGCGGCCCCUUUCCACCUGCAAAGCCAGCAGGAGCAGCUCAAGUCUCAGAUCUUGUCUCUCCCGCACGGACUUUUCUGCCUUCCUCUCCACAUUGCAAGGACUCCGGUAUGUAAGGACAGAUGAAAGGUCGGCAGGAAACUUGGUCUUCCUUGGUGCUCUAAAGGGUGAAUUCUAGGAGGAUUCCUUCAUCAAAGAGGAGGAGAACCCAAAGGAAGAUGGCCACCAUUGGAGCCAUUCUUUUCAUUUUACUGAUGAAGAAACAGCUGUGUGUCAGUUAAGGGUCUCCCUGGCCAGCAUCACAUGAUGGCACCGGCUGGUUCACCACCAUCAAUGAGGUUUGGAGGAUUGAUCAUGCUUUUCCAAAUCCAUCCACUCCACAGUCUUCCUGAGCCACGUUCCAGGAGUGUGAAAAUCUCGGGGUCUAGUUGUGGCCAGUGCACCUAGAUACAAAAGAAAGCAAGAUGGAAAACAUGGAUUUUGCAACAGGUGCUGACUGGACACCGCAAACCUAGGUUCAAGUCAGUGGACGCCUGGGUAGCUACACCCUAAGUGGCCGAAGAAGGCAUCGAGAUGACUACACCCUGGAGGUGGUGCAGUCACACCAAGGACAGUGAGUCAAAGAGGGAGGGAUGAGAACAACCUUCUCUCCUGCCCAGCCAGGCUUCCAUGUGGUUUUGCUCAUGCAGUGCCAACAAUGUUCUGAAACUGUGGGAUUCUCUUUUGCCACAAAUGAACUCAUUACAUGGGGGGCAGUGCAGGAACACAGCUGUCAUUCCUUUCCUCAUUUAUUCUAUAUGGUUUGCCUGCUACUUGCUGCUCCCCUGCUGUGUGUUGGAGACAGUCAAAACUCACUUGGAGCUUAGGGUCAAGACAGGACUCAGGUAUCAAUCAAAUAACCACACCAAUAAACACACUGGUCACAGGGCCAGUCACCUAGUGACUGCCGCACGUCCCUGACUAUGCUCUUGAGUUCUAACCAAGGAGGGGAAUGACACUGGGGAGGCCUGCCUUGUUUUCCCGCGAUCUGUAACUGACUCCUGGUGAUUCUUUCUUUUGUAAAUGUUCCCAACUAGAAUUUUGCUAGAUUCUGAACUCCAGCCGGGAGGCCAUGUGUAUGCUGGGGAAGGAACUCUUUCGUUAGAACCUGGUUGCCCAUGAGUCCUUGUUCAAACAUCGGGUACCCCCGGGUCUCAAGGACAUCUCCACGGAUCCCCACGAAACCGCACGACCUGCCCGGGAGGGCGAACAGGACCCGCAAGCAGCCUGUUGCACACCUACGCACCAACGCUCGGCACGCACUCAGCUCGGCCUGCCCGCCCACAGCAAGGUCACGUGGGCACGCUGCGCAAGGCGCUGCGUGGGGCGGGGCACCAGGGGGUGGGGCUUUGGGCCCGGCGCGCAUCCCAAUUGGUUAAAUGGGGCUUUCUUUUAGCCGGGAACGCAGGGCCCGCCUGCCCUUGCCUUCGUGCCUUCCGGUCGCCUCACAGGCAGCUGCUUUGGCGGGAGUUGGCGGCGGGUGUGAGGUGAGAACCGUGGGUUUGCUCCCGCGCUGGACCAGGUCAGGUUCCUGAGAGAGAGAGACAGAGAGACAGAGAGACAGACACACGCAGCAGUGGCUAGUUUCCAGAUUUUAUAGGCCCCCACAGAUACCAUGUUGGAAGCCAGACACCAAACCCAGCAGAGGAACACCCAGAACAGCCAAGAGACCAGCUUGUGGUCCUCAGACUUUGGGAUGAAGCUGGAGGCUGUUACCCCAUUCCUAGGGAAAUAUCGCCCCUUUGUGAGUCGCUGCUGCCAAACCUGCACUCCCAAGAGCUGGGAGUCCCUCUUCCACAGAAGCAUAAUGGAUCUAGGCUUCUGCAACGUGAUCCUGGUGAAGGAGCAGAACACCAGGUUUCGGGGCUGGCUGGUUCGGAGGCUCUGCUAUUUCUUAUGGUCACUGGAGCAGCACAUACCACCCCGUCAGGAUGCCCCACAGAAGAUCGUGGAAAGCACUGGGGUGCAGAAUGUCAUCUCAGGGAGGAUCCCAGGAGGGGCUGGGGAAGGCCAGGUACCAGGCCUUGUGAAGAAAGAGGUACAGCGCAUCUUGGGCCAUAUCCAGGCUCCGCUCCGCCCCUUCCUGCUCAGGCUAUUCAGCUGGGCACUGCUGCGGUUCCUGAACUGUGUCUUCCUGAACGUGCAGCUCCACAAGGGCCAGAUGAAGAUGGUCCACAAGGCCGCCCAGGCAGGCUUGCCGCUUGUCCUCCUCUCUACCCACAAGUCACUCCUGGAUGGGAUUCUGCUACCCUUUGUGCUGCUCUCCCAAGGCCUGGGUGUGCUCCGUGUGGCUUGGGACCCCCGCACCUGCUCCCCCACCCUCAGAGCUCUGCUAAAGAAGCUUGGGGGGCUUUUCUUGCCCCCAGAGGUCAACUUUACCCUGGACAGCCCAGAGGGGGUCCUUGCAAGGGCUGUGGCCCAUGCCGCUAUGGAGCAGCUGUUGGUCAGCAGGCAGCCGUUGCUCAUAUUCCUGGAGGAGCCCCCUGGGGCCCAGGGGCCUCGGCUGUCAGCCCUGGGCCAGACCUGGCUGGGACUGGUGGUGCAGGCUGUCAAGGUGGGCGUCAUCCCAGAUGCCAUGCUAGUGCCAGUGGCCAUCACCUAUGACCUGGUUCCAGAUGCACCUUGUGAUGUAUACCACGCCUUGACCCCGCUGGGGUUGUGGACAGGAGCUCUGGCUGUCCUGAGGAUCCUACGAUGCUGGGGCCGCAGCCCCAGGGUCUGUGUCCGUGUGCACCUGGCCCAGCCCUUCUCCCUACAGGAAUACACCAUCAACGCCAGAAGCUGCUGGGGCAGCAGGCAGACUCUGGAGCAGCUGUUGCAGCCCAUUGUGCUGGGCCAAUGUACUGUUGUCCCAGACACUGAGAAAGAGCAGGAGUGGACUCCAGCAACUGGGCCCCUUCUGGCACUUAAGGAAGAGGACCAGCUCCUGGUCAGGAGGCUGAGCCGUCACGUCCUAAAUGCCAGCGUGACCAGCUCGGCAGUGAUGAGCACGGCCAUCAUGGCGACACUGCUGCUUUUCAAGCACCAGAAGGGUGUGUUCCUGUCCCAGCUCCUGGGGGAGUUCUCCUGGCUGACCGAGGAGACACUACUGCGUGGCUUCGAUGUGGGCUUCUCGGGGCAGUUGCGGUGCCUCGUGCAGCACACGCUGAGCCUGCUACGGGCGCAUGUGGCCCUGCUGCGCAUCCAUCAGGGGGACUUGCUGGUAGUUCCUCGGCCGGGCCCGGGUCUCACACACUUGGCACGCCUGAGUGCCGAGCUGCUGCCUGCCUUCCUGAGUGAGGCUGUGGGUGCCUGUGCUGUGCGGGGGCUGCUGGCAGGCAGAGUGCCACCUGAGGGGCCCUGGGAGCUCCAGGGCAUUGAGCUGCUAAGCCAGGACAAGCUGUACCGCCAGAUCCUGCUGCUGCUGCACUUGCUGCCCCAGGACCUGCUGCUGCUGCAGGUCAGGCCUCUCCCCCGCUCCCCGCAUGGCCCUGGGCCUCCCCCUCUCGGUGGUGGAGAUCCGGAGGGGCUGGGCAGGCAUGGGCCCCUAAGUCCUAUGGAGGUAGGUCUCCCUUGCCCCACCUUGGACCAGGCUCCUGCCCAUGGCCUGGUUCUGAGGCCACAUCAAUGCUUUUCUCCUCAGCCCUGCCAGUCUUCCUACUGCUACUGUCAGGAAGUGCUGGACCGUCUCAUCCAGUGUGGGCUCCUGGUUGCUGAGGAGACCCCAGGCUCCCGGCCAGCCUGUGACACCGGGCGGCAGCGUUUAAGUGCAAAGCUGCUGUGGAAACCGAGUGGGGACUUUACUGAUAGUGACAGUGAUGACUUCGAGGAGGCUGAGGGCCGGUACUUUAGGCUCAGUCAGCAGUCACGCUGCCCUGACUUCUUCCUCUUCCUCUGCCGCCUGCUUAGCCCACUGCUCAAAGCCUUUGCACAGGCUGCUGCCUUCCUCCACCAGGGACGGCUGCCUGAUACAGAGUCCGGCUACACUGAGCAACUCUUGCAGUUCUUGCAGGCCACUGCCCAGGAGGAAGGGUUCUUUGAGUGUGCAGACCCAAAUCUUGCCAUCAGUGCUAUCUGGACCUUCAGAGACCUGGGGGUGCUGCAGCAGAUGCCCAGCCCUGCGGGCCCCAUGCUCUACCUGUCGCCUACAUUCACCAGCCGGGAAAAUCAGGAAAAGCUGGAACAGUUCAUCCGGCAGUUCGUUUGUAGCUAGAAAUGUGGGGUGACUUCUCCGCCCCAGAACAUAGCUGUGUCCUGGAGCCAGAAGACAGAGGGGCUGUACACCUUUACCUGAACUAUAAAAUCUUUUGUGCUUCGUUGUCCUUUGCCGUCUCUUGCGUUUUCCAUCCUUUGGUGUAUCUGUUCUCUCCUUCCCCACCCUGUGAG